AUGGCUCCGCUACUGUGGCUCGCAUUCGGAUGUUUUCUGUCCAUCGGCGUCCAUGGGCUCGCCUCUCCCGUCGUCGUGGAUGCUCGACGUAACAUUACCUAUCAUGGCACGCGGCGGAACGGCAUCGAAGCUUUCCUCGGUAUACCCUACGGUCUGGACACGGGCGGCCCAAAUCGGUUCAGGCCGCCGAGGCCGCAUGUUCCCCGCGUCGGUGACCGCAUCAUGGCGACUUCGCACGGUGCAGCCUGUCCCCAGCAGCUUGGGGGCUGGCUGAUACCCAUCUCUCUGUCGAACGUGACGAGCAUCUCGGAAGAUUGCCUCACCUUGAAUGUCGCUCGACCGAGGGGAACCUGCCAUCAGGAUCGGCUGCCCGUCAUGGUCUACAUUCACGGCGGGAGCUUCUGGACUGGCCAAAGCCAAGAAAUAACAAUCCAGCCGGAUGGCCUCGUCCUCGAGUCUGUGCAAAACGGGUUGCCCGUGAUUCACGUGGCCAUGAACUACCGCCUCGGCCUCUUUGGCUUUGCCCAGUCCGACGCGCUCCGCGCCGAACGGUCCGAAAAUGCGGCAUUGAGAGACCAGCGUCUCGCCAUGGAAUGGGUGCGGGACAACAUUGCCCCGUUUGGAGGCAACCCGGACAGCGUCACGAUAUUCGGCCAGUCCUCGGGAGGGUUAGCCGUCGGUAUGCACAUCGUCGCCUACGCCGGCCGCAAGCGAGCCCCUUUCCACCGGGCCAUAUGCCAGAGCCAGGCGCUCGAACCCGGCAUCACGGCCAACUUUACGUCGUCCGCCAUGCGAGCCGUCAUCGAGCACGUCGGCUGCCGCUCCAACGACGUGCACGCGAAGGAGACCAUGGCCUGCCUCCGCGACCUAGACAUGCAGACUCUGCUGAACGCGUCCCUGGCCACGUACAGGGGCGACAUCUCCCACAACAUCGGCGACAUCUGGCUCCCGGUCGUCGACGGCGACUUCCUUCCCGCGGCUCCCUCUCGACUUGUACGCGAGGCGCAGUUUUCCCACGUCACCACCAUGCUCGGUUGGUGCGAGGAUGACGUGACGUUCUUUACCGACAUAAAGAUCCGCACGGCCGAGGACACGGCAAGGUUCCUGGCGGCCUACCUCCAGGGCGUCAACGAGCCGAGCCUCCGCAGGCUCCUCUCGCUCUACCCCGUCUCGGACUUUCCGCGAGUCGAGGCGGGAGCGUUGUCGAGCGAGUUCUACCGCUCGGCGAGGAUUUUCAGGGACGUCCUCAUGGUUUGCCCGUCGAUUUGGUUCGGCGAGCGCAUGGCGGCGGCGGGAAACGACGUCUACCUCUAUGACUGGAACCAGACGAUGUUGGAACCGCUCCUCGCAGCGGUGCACAACCAGAGCGGCCUCGGUCCCAUCCACACGUCCGAGUUUGCCUACAUAUUCGGCAAUCUCUCGCACUAUGAUUUGAAUGGAUACCCGUUCCGCCCGACCAUGGCCGACCAUCAGUUGCGGGACAGGGGAUCCAGAUCAUGGUCGACAUUUGCCAGCACGGGCAUGCCGGGAUCGAAAGGGCGCGACACGUUUCAGGCCUUUGCGCAGGCUUAUCCCGCAACGGGGGACGCGUUUCUCUUCGUCGCAGGAGGUCCCCACGAGGGGCGUUGGGCGCUGGAUGACCACCAGUCUCCGCUAGCAGUGACGAGGCAGAAACUGCGAGAACGGUGUGCGUUUAUCAACUCGCCUGCGAUGAUUGAGCAGCUCGCGUACUAG